GACACGAGAUACUGAAUGACAAAUCUAAACAGCCAAUAUUUAUUUAUCAACAGCAGUGCAGUGGAUUUGGCCUAGCUAGCACGAGCCAUGUGUUCUGAACAGGAGAUUGUAGCUGAGCAGAUCGCCAGUGGAGCACUCAAUACCACUUCCCGGCUAUAAUUAGACCAUAUCUCCCACUUUCUCUCCUUCUCUUACUCUCUCCCUUCAUUCUUAAACCGCUCGGUUGUGGGGAGAGCAAAGCUCGUUAACGAGUCCAACGAGAAAUCCAAUUUUGCGUGGUAUCCCCAGGAUCGGCGACGCCGUACAGGGAACAUGCGUGGGCCAGGUGAGGCAGUGAAUUCUAGGCCAAUUUUGACUCAGCGUGUCGGAGUGUAAAUUGUUCCACCACAUACCUUGAUGGGAUUUUAUUAGUCAUACACCAAGGGUGCGUGUGUGGAUCUCCCUCGGAAAGGUUCAAGUUGAAGUUUUAGACUCGACAGAAAUUUAUGUUUACCAUUACACCAGACACAUUCGUGGCUCUACGUCAUUGCAGUUCAGCUCAAGGAUGUGUGCGCCUUGCAUUAAUUUGUAAACACUAACUGUAAGAGAAGAUUUUAGCUCAUUACGGAAUGUACCACUGGAUAUAAUGGAAGUUUAUGAAACCGAUGAGUUACGUCGUUCCGAGACCGAGGAUACAGCAGAUGCAGCAGACCGGCUGAUAGCAAGGCAUCGGAGGAGGAAGAGCAGCGUGGACAGUUCUAGUGAUGUCUUUGACUCGCCUCAUAGAAGUGGCUCUAGAGAUCGUCGCCAUGACGACUUCAGUGACUCUGACUCUGUAACAAGCUCAGCCUCUGUCGAUAGACCAAGCAGACGUCAUAUCAAAUCAGAAAGAACAGACAUCAGAGAAAGCAGAAGACAAGAUAGUCUAUCGGAGCAAGAAGCCAGGGAGAGUAUUAGACUCAUGAUACAGAACAUUAACAACUUAUUGGCAGAGGCAAGCAAAGACGACCCUGUAGUCAACGAUAAGAUCGAUACGAUCAAACUUAAGAAGGAGGAGGAGAAAAAUCCAGAUGAUAGCGAUAACGACGUUGAUGAUAACGUCUUUGAUAUGGAAGACCCAAUUGAAUCAAAUGUUUCUAGAAUGGAUUCAAAAUCACCUGAUGCUGGUGUCCACAAGCAACCCGACGGCUCUGGUACCAACAAUAACAACAAGCCAAGCAGAGACAAGAGGAAGAGACAUAACCAGGCAGUCACUAUGGAGGAUAUCCAGAAAGCCAGCAAACUUAAGGGAUCAUCAGAUCCAGCUCCAUCACACACUAGCCAGAAGUCCAAAGAUCUCCCACCUUCACCAAAAAUAAUUGAACCUCCAGUCCAAUCUGCAAAGACAUCAUCUCAAGAGAUGUCCCCAAGGAACCUGAAAGCAGGUGGCUUCAAGAUUGAAACUGUGACAAAGACAGAACUGAAAAAGGAUUCCAGCAUGCCCAAACCUGGAGACCAGACAGUCUUGAAAAGAGCCACAUCACCAACCCAUGAUGUAUCCAAGAGAGCCAGCUGGGGAUCAAAUAAAGGAGAACCAUUGAAAGAUGGCUUGAAACCUGCAGGUGGACAGCAGACUGGGGUAGAUAGACCUUCAAGUCCUUUGAGCAAAGUGACACUUAGGAAACCAGAGAUUCCCAAAGUGUUGCAGGAUUCAACCAGGCAGAGAAAGAACUCUGAUAGUAGCAUUUCCACAAGUGAGUCAUUAUCUGUCUCACCUACAAGAAAAGUGAGAGGUGGCAGCUUCUCAAACAAAUCAGAUAGUGAAAAGACUGGAAGUCUUCAGAGGCCAAAGUCAAUGCCAGUGAAGGAUUCAGCAACAUCUAGCCAAUCCAAAGAUCAAAAGACUCCUAGUUCAAAGACCGGUGGUCAUGCCAGGGUGUCAUCUUCUCCAGAAAAGAAGCGUUUAUCAAAGACAAUGUCAUCUCCAGAAAGAAAACCACCAAAGAAAACAGACACAAAGGCAUCUGCAGAAAGAAAGCUGUCCUCAGCUUCAUCAACUUCAUCCUCUACCAAAAGUUCUCAGGUUGAUAAGAGGACUUCGUAUCCACCUGCAAAGACAACAUCCCCAGAUAGGAAACCUCUUUCUAGAAGACAGUCUUCACCGGAGAAAAAGCUAACAACUAGGCCUGCCUCACCAGAGAAAAAGCUAAGAACUAGGCCUGCCUCACCGGAAAAGAAACUGACAACCAGACAACCUUCUCCAGAGAAAAAAGUCUCAAAGACAACAGGAGAGAAGAAGCUCACCAGACAAGCCUCUAGUGAAAAGAAACCCUCAAGAACAACAUCCCCUGAAAAGAAAGUCUCAGGGAAAUCCUCCACAGAAAUAAAGUCAUCAAGGACAGUUUCCCCUGAUAAGAGGGUAUCAAAGACAUCACCAACAGAAAAGAAAAAUGAAAGAGCAACAUCUCCUGAAAAGAGGCCUUCCACAAAACGCACAAGCUCCCCUGUGAAAAAGCCAUCCGUGAAGAAGGAUUCAGAGUCAAAGACCAAUAAGAAAUCACCAGAGUCUACCAAGGCAACCAAAGAUGCUGACAACAAGAAGAUGGAAAGCAAGACAAAUGGUGUUGAUGUUAGCAAGAAGGAACCAGCCAAAUCAGAUUUGAUAGUCCAGAAACCCCAAGUUAAGGAGGAAAUCAUCGCUAAGAAGGAAGAAAACAAAGAAGAAGCCGUUCCCGCUGCCCCAGAACCAAAGAUGCCUCAGCCAGUUGUGACCAUCGUUGCACCAGCCCCUGAUAGAAAACCUAGCCAAGCCAAGAGAAUAAGGAGUAGAACAAUUGAGGUUGACAUGCUGAGGAGAAAUGGAACGCCAGAUCCCAAGAGGGAUGCCCUGUCCACCAAGGAUGAUGAACUGUUUGCUAUGAUGCAGAUGAGAGCCCAACAGAUCAGAGAAGAAGAGGAGAAAGAAGGAAAGGUCGAUGAGAGUGGAGAAGAAGAGGAUAGAAGCGUCUCUGAGGAGAAGCCUGAAGAUGUUAUUAAGGUAUCUCUCAAGGACAGGAUGCAGUCUUUCAAGGGUAAGGAAUCCAAGCCUACCCUUGUGGAUUACAGCAAGCUACCAGUGUCACCCACCCCUAAGAGAGCCACCAAGAUGCAGCCUCCUGAGAAAAGACCAGAGCCUGUCAAUGUAAAGCAGAAUGGAGAAGAGAAGAAGAGUGAAGAUGAAGCUGAAGAAGAUGACCAACUCGCUGGUCUUAGCCUCUCAGAGAAGAUGAAGAUGUUUACUCAGAUGUCAGCCAUCAGGAAGAAGGCUCAGGAAGAGGAGGAAAAGAGAGCCAAGUCCAAAUCAUCAUCAAGGUUCCACAGAACGAGAGGACGAGACAGGUUCCAGACUCAGCCAGUCACCCCGGAGGAACUGACCACUGCAUCUUCCUUGGCAAAGGAGAUGGCUGCCCAAGCUGAGAAUAAUGAAGAGAGUAAAGAGAAAGAUGAAGACAUUGCCCGUGAAGUUAAGAAAGAGGAGGUCGAAGACACAAUGAAUACGCAAGACAGGAUCAGGGAGGAAAUUCGUCAAGCGAAAUUGAGGGAAACAAUUGUGGAGGAACCGUCUGAGGAAUCUGAUGAUACUAGUAGUCGACUGCCAUCGAUGGCAGAAGAAGAGGAACCCCCAGCAGAUGUCCAGGAGGAUGAAUAUUCCAAAUUAACUCUAUCUGAGAAAAUGAGACUGUUUAAAGAGAAAUCAACAGAAGGGACUAAGCCACCUCCAAAAGUAGAACCUCCAAAGCGCAAACGGAGAAGUGAAUCAAGAUUCAGAACUCAACCCAUCACUGUAGAUGAGGUUAAGAAAGCAGCUGUGUCUCCUUUAGCAAAGAGUUUUUCACGGCCGCCAAGUGUGGAAAUCCUUGGUGCUUUGCCCAUAGCUCAGCAGGUCUCGAUGGUCUAUGGGGAAUCCAAUGCGACUCCUCACCCUGCCACUAUGAACGGUCGAAGUGUUUCGUCAACGCGCAGGAGUUCCAACUCAGAUUUAAAAGAAGCAAUGAAAGACACUGCAACAAAAGACACUGCAUCAAAAGACACUGCCACUCCAAAACAGCUGCCUAAGAAGGAAGCAGAAGUGAAGCCUCAGUCCUACAAGGAUACUGUAAAGAAGCAGAAGAACCUGAUGGCUCUGUUGGCAUCUGAAAUUAAAGGUACAUCAAAAGAAGAUGAAGAAGUUGAGCACCCAAAGACUGAAGCUGUGGAUGCAAGUAUAAAGAUGGCUAGGUUAGGUCAUGAUGUGACAUCACCGACUGAGGAGAAAGAGCCCAUCUUAGAAUCUGUAGAGACAAAAAGUGUUGAUCAGACUCAAGCAGCUCGUGUAGCUGCCAGCAGAAAGAAAGACAGUGUUCCUCAGAAAGCUCCACCAAGUCCAAAAACGAGACAUUCACUUAUUCAGAAACAAGGCACAAGCGAGACGCUGUCGAGCUCCAAGAAGCAGCUAUCGAGUCCCGAGAAGAAGUUGACCAAACCUCAGCCCCACCCUAGGAGUCCUCAGAACAUCCGGCGUAACGGAACUGCCAAGAGUACGAAAGACGCUGCUCCUCCCUCACCCGUGCCCUCUCCUAGGAGAUCAAAGAUGGGGUCUCCUGCAUCGAUGCGGAGGCAGGACUCCCAGGAUGGGGAUAUCUCAAGUGGUGCAGAGGACGGGAAGAGGAUUGUGAAUUGUGCCGCCAAGGGAUCGUCCUCAGAGUUUGCCACACCUCAGAGGGAAAAAAAGGCGGACCAAAAGAUUAAAGAGAGUAGCUCUGAAUCAGAGGCUGAGGUUAGACAGAGGGUUUCCCCGGUCACAGAGGAACACGUUGCCCUCAUCAAGAAGAAAUCCAAGAAAAAUAGUACUGCUGAGAAAAGAGACAGGUAGGAACACAUAUUUCUAUUACGCAUCUAUAAUAAAAAAAAAAGAAGAAUAAAUUGACGCAUGGCAUAAGAUUGGGAUUGAACCAAUCAAUCUUAACUAUGGAUGGCCCGCAACACCAUCAUCUAGAAUGCAGAUGGCCAGUCAGAGUGCUGUUUUAAUGUGAUGAACAGUCAAUUAUGCUCCGUUGUUUGGACGACCAAUUGAUAACGUUCUUUGUUGACAAUGAUAUACAUUUACUUGAUUAAAUGUCACUGAUUAAUUGUCACUGUCGUAGAUGACUUAGUUGAGAUUGAUUGGAUCAACCACAACUCUUCAUGAGACAAGGCCAAGGUCAAUCUUUUUGGGCGCGUCGUGGUCUAGUAGUUCUGACUCUCGCCUUUCAAACAGAGGGUCAUGGGUCCAAAUCCUAGCCAUGGCAUGUUUUCCUUCAGCAAGAAAUUAAUCCACACUGUGCUGCACUAGACCCAGGUGAGGUGAACAGGUACCCGUCAGGAUUAUUUGAAUGCACUUAGCGCCGGUGAUGGUAGCUCGAGCUAAAGCCGGGGUAAUGAUAGCAGCGCUUUGUAUCCUCAGGCAAAACGCGCUAUAUAAAUCCAGCUAUUAUUAUUAUUAUCUUAAUUAGUAUUUGAUCUUGGCCUUGUCUUAUGAGUACUCUUUAUAAGAUUGGACCUAUUCUAUGUAAUCCAUAUUCUUCAGGUGUCCCUAAUGUGUAUGCUAAAGGAUAAGGAUAGGGAGUGUUACAAGAGGCAAAGAAGAACAAAUAAAGAAAGGUAUAAAAGGGAAGAAUGCAUUGUUGUGUUGGGGAAAAGAGAAAGUAAUGGAGUAAUUUUUACCAUGACUUUCUGUUCAUGGUGAGUAAGGACAAUUGGAUGUAGGCAGAAACGAGGGAAAGAACGGUUGCAAGACGGAAGAUAUGAAGUGGAAUGGGGAAGGAGAUACUGAAGAUAGGAGAAUGUGGAUAAAUAAAGGAGAAUAUAUGAAAGAAUGGAAAGUGGAAAGAAAAAAAGAUACACAUAAAAGGAAAAAAAUACAAACGUCAAAUCUCCUGCAUAUCCACACUUAAUGAGUGAUCGCAGCAAUACAUGAUAAUCAAUUUUAUGUACUGUAUGAUAUUUAUUUUGUGUUUGUAACCUUGU